UCGCACAAGCAUUUAUUCCUAAUCCAGAAAAUAAGCUCUAUGUUAAUCACAUCAACGGUAUUAAGCAUGACAAUCGAGCUGUUAAUUCGGAAUGGGUAACUUCUAAAGAAAAUGCCAAACGUACAGUAUUUCUGAAUCAUAGUAAAAGCAGAUCCAGAAAAGUUGUGCAAAUGUCUUUGGAUGGAAAUGUCGUUCGGAUUUGGGAUUCUAUCACUCUUGCAUCAAAUACGCUUAAACGAGAUUCAAAUGAGGAGUGGAGAGAAAUAGAGAUUAAUUCUCGGAAAUUUAAAGUUUCAUCCUUAGGGAGGAUCUGGCUACCCAAUGAAAAAGAUAAAGAAUACGUGAAUCAUAUUGAUGGUGAUCCUACCAAUAACAGAGCUUCAAAUCUCGAAUGGUGUACACAUAAAGAGAAUAUGCAACAUGCCGUUCGAUGCCAAUGUUUUGUCAGGCAGAUUUUUAAAAAUGGAUCUUUUCGUGAAUUUCUGUCUAUAGCUGAAGCGCAACGUGUUACUGGAAUUAAUAAUAUUGGGCUAGUAUGUCGAGGACAUCAAGCUCAUGCUAAAGGGUAUCGCUAG